AUAAAUAUUUGUAUAUCCUCCAUAAUUUAUGUUUUGACAUUACAAUGUGGUUAAUGUGUUUUUUUAGCCCUUUCUGAUAAUUUCAUUCAAAAGCCUUCGGGGGCAUUUGACCAGGAUGAUGCCCAUUAACUUUUUAUGUCCAUCAUGGGAGCGAUUGAAACUUGCACUCAAAAAAAUGGAUUGUCUUCUUUACUCAUAGAAAUUGGAGGGGAGUCAACCAGCUCUGUGAGAUGUAGUGCAUGUGGCCACACAAGUUACUGCAUCACUCCUAUGUACGACUGUAGCAUUGAUAUCCCGACAUCAUGCAAAUCUUUGGAAUAUGCUCUCAAGAGUUACUUUGCUACAGAAAUCCUUGAUGGUAGCAAUAAAUACCUUUGUACAAGGUGUGGUACACGGACAAGGGCAGAGAAAAAAAUAUCUGUUACUGAAUUACCUAAAGUUCAUUUUAAAAG